AUGGGUUGCCAACUGAAAACACAACUGGUUUUUCUCUUCCUUGUCUGGGGUUUAUUGGCAUUUCUAUGCUACGGUCUUCCAAGUGAGUACUCCAUAUUAGCCCUCGAACUUGACCAAUUUCCUUCAGAGGAAGGGGUGGUGGAACUGUUCCAACGAUGGAAGGAGGAGCACCGAAAGUUUUACGGACAACCUGAAGAAGCAGAGUUAAGGUUGGAAAAUUUCAAGAAGAACUUGAAAUACAUUGUAGAGAAGAAUGCAAAGCGAAAUCAUCCUUACGGCCAGAAUCUAGGAUUGAACAGGUUUGCUGACAUGAGCAAUGAAGAGUUCAAGCAUAAGUUUAUUUCAAAGGUGAAGAAACCGUUUAGCAAAAGGAAUGGCUUGCCUGUUAAGGAUGGCUCAUGCGAAGAUGCACCUUACUCUUUGGAUUGGAGGAAGAAGGGGGCUGUGACUGGUGUGAAGGACCAAGGAAACUGUGGUAGUUGUUGGGCAUUCUCUUCUACUGGAGCCAUAGAAGGAAUAAAUGAAAUAGUGACAGGUGACCUUAUUAGCCUUUCAGAACAAGAACUUGUGGACUGUGAUAGUACUAAUGAUGGAUGUGAUGGAGGCUACAUGGAUUAUGCUUUUGAAUGGGUUAUAAACAAUGGUGGGAUCGACUCAGAAACUGAUUAUCCAUACACUGGUGUAGAUGGUAGCUGCAAUGUCACCAAGGAGGAAAGAAAGGUUGUCAGCAUCGAGGGCUACUCCGAUGUAGGACAAACAGAUAAUUCUCUGUUGUGUGCUACAGCGAAGCAACCUAUCAGUGCCGCUAUAGAUGGUUCUUCAUUGGAUUUCCAACUAUACACUGGUGGUAUCUAUGACGGAGAUUGCUCAAGUGAUCCAGAAGAUAUUGAUCAUGCAAUUUUAAUUGUGGGUUAUGGCUCAGAGGGUGAUGAAGAUUACUGGAUUGUAAAGAAUUCAUGGGGAACCUCUUGGGGAAUAGAAGGAUACAUUUAUAUUAGAAGGAAUACUAACUUAAGAUAUGGAGUGUGUGCAAUCAAUUACAUGGCCUCUUACCCUACCAAAGAGCCUACUGCUGCAUCCCCAAGUAGUCCUCCUUCACUAUCGCCACCGCCACCUCCACCACUACCACCUUCGCCGCCACCUCCACCACCCCCACCUCCACCAAUUAGUUGUGGAGAUUUCUCAUAUUGUCCAGCUUCUGAGACAUGUUGUUGCCUUUAUCAGUUUUUUGAUUUCUGCCUCGUUUAUGGUUGCUGUGAAUAUGAGAACGGUGUGUGUUGCUCUGGGAGCGAGUAUUGUUGUCCUAGUGAUUUCCCCAUUUGUGAUAUUGAAGAUGGACUCUGUCUCCAGAACCCUGGAGAUUUAAUCGGAGUUGCUGCAAAGAAGAAAAAGAUGGGAAGUCACAAAUUACCAUGGACUAAAUUAGAACAAACAAAAAAGACAUUUCACAUGCUUCAGAUGAGGAAUGUUUUUGCUGCAAUGCUUUGA